AUGCGCUACUACCGCAUCUGGAUCUACGCGUGCAACGGCGCCCUGUUGCUGGCCGCGCUCGCCUUCUGCGCGGCGGCGGGCCGCGCGCUCGCCGACUAUCGGCGCGCGCUCGUACCCGGCCUAGGCGCCGCUCAGCCCGGGUUUCUAUACGGGUACGCGGCGCUGCCCGUACAGGCCGGCCUGCUGCAGCUGCUUGGCUGCUUCGCCGCGCUGCGCCUCUCCGAGCGCAUGCUCAACGCGUACUGGCUCGCCCUGUUGGCACUGCUCGUCGGCGACGCGGCCAUAGGUGUCUACUGGGCGUUCCGCUUCGAACGCGUCUGCAGAGAGCUGCGACCACAGCUGCGUCUGCGCUUGGCUAAAGAUUACGAUUCGGACGUGGACUUCUCGGAGGCUUGGGAUCGACUUCAACGGGAGCAGCGAUGCUGCGGCGUCACCGGCCCCUCUGACUUCGCCGCUUUUAAUCGCUCUGUGCUGCCCCCCAGCUGUUGCCGCAUCCCGGCGCACACCACGGCCGUUACGCCGGCCUCGCUCGCCGUCAUGUCAGCCACGUCGGCGGUGCCCUUCACUCCGGUCCAUUGCGCGCCUCACACGGCGGCUUGUGCGGAAAGAUUGCUGUCUUGGCUCCGUCGAACGGCGGAUGCGCUCUUUGUUCUCGGAUACUGCGUCAUUGCAUUUUUAAAAUUGUGCUUCCUCGGUAUACUUCGGUACGAAAUAAAGGAGAUGAUUCAGAAAAUUAGAAUAUUACGCAGCGAGCUGGGGGCUGGGGAACUUCUUGACGGGAGUCCCAUGCACGGCGGUCCACUGUCUCAAACGGUCGUCGUGAACGCCGUUAACGCAAAUGGUGGCGUUCGCGCCCACGGGGGCAGCCCGGAGAGAGCAGGAGAAAGGGAAGCUCUGCUGGGCCGUACGUCAGAGCCGUGCGCACGGCGAAGUAUACACGACGAGCCACUAGGCCUCAAGACUAUAAAUGGCAACAACAACUGCGAGAUGCGGGAGCUGGCGCGUGGGGACUACCGACCCCUGGCGGCGGACAGCGCGGCGACUCGGAUCUGACUAAGAUGUUACUUGGAGCGCCUGUUCGGACGGCGGUGGCGCUCGUUCCCUGCCGCGGGCUUCGAGACGGAGCCCCCGCUUGGGCCGGUUUGCACGCGGCGCGCCGGCGCCCGCGUACGCCUCGAUCACCGCCGACACACGCGCUCCGAAUUCGAACUCUAGGACACUUAAUGGUUCAUGUGUGAGCCCUACUAGUUGGGCGUGUUGUUUAGUGGUAACUUAAACUUUGUGUGACGUAAUAAACUUAGUCAAUAAUAUAAAAAUAGCAGUACAUUCUAAGUGAAAACCUACCAGUGUAAAGGUGUAACUUAGUUGAAGUGAACAUGAUCCCACGAGCAAAGCUUGUGUUUAGUUCCUAUGCUUGGCAGGUAUAAAUUUUAGUACAUAUAUUUAUCUUAUCGCAAAAAGAUUUGUUUUAUAUUAGUCGAUUUUAUUUAAUAUAAUAAGCGUUUUAUGUGGCGUUAACAGUUAUGCUGUGGGAAAUUAGUUAGUAUUUGAAAUAGGACUAUUAUUAUUUAGAUGCAGUAUUAUAUUCUCGUUUAGAAAGUAGUAUAAUUUUGCCAACGGUUUCUGUAACAGUAAUUAUUAUUUUUUAAGGUAGCAUAAUUUGCGAUAAAAUAUUAAUGUCUCGUAGGGACAGUGGAUUACAUAGGUCCACAUCGAUUCCGGUAAAUUUUUAAUGUAAAGUUGUUCAGUUUCAUACAAAUAAAAACUUUAAAAUUAUUUUUGGUUUGCAACUUGACCAAUAUGACCGAAUUAUAUUGCAAAAGAUCGUAAAGUAUUAAAGGACGGGCGCAGUAUUGCUACGAAAAGUUUACGAAGCGUUCAUACGUUUGGCUUUGUACCAAAUACGAUAUAGAAAAGACGUAUAGAAUCAAGAAGUACUUUUAUAUUCGCCUAAAGAAUAAUAUUAAUAACAAUACUAUACAAGGAAAUCGAUCAACAUUUGUAAAAUAAUAUAAUUGUAAUUUUACUUGAUACAAAUUAUACGAA